AUGAAGCACCUCGCAGCCUACCUCCUCCUCGGCCUUGCUGGCAACACCAGCCCCUCUGCCGCUGACAUCAAGAACGUCCUUGAGUCUGUUGGUAUCGACGCUGACGAGGACCGCCUGACCAGCCUCCUCUCUGAACUCGAGGGCAAGGAUAUCCAAGAGCUCAUCUCCGAGGGUUCCUCCAAGCUCGCCUCCGUCCCCAGCGGUGGUGCUGGUGGUGCUGCCCCUGCUGCUGGCGGCGCUGCUGCCGGUGGUGCUGCCGAGGCCGCCCCCGAGAAGGAAGCCGAGAAGGAAGAGGAGGAGUCCGACGAGGACAUGGGAUUCGGUCUCUUCGACUAA